AUGGAGUUUCCUCCUUUCCGGAAUUGCCCUCUGCUUUGCAAUGAGCUUUGUGAUGUGAAUGCAAACUUAAUUAUUUUAUUUUCAGUGUGCAAGCAUUCACAAAAAUCUGUUGCUACUGUAUCUGCUAAUCUUAAUUCAGUGCCGGUCCUUAAUGGUAGUAACUUUAAGGACUGGAAGGAGAACAUUUUUAUUGUUCUUGGCUGCAUGGAUCUUGACCUUGCAUUAAGGAUGGAUCGACCUGCUUCUCUUACAGAUGCUAGUACCUCCGAGCAAAGGAGGAUUUAUGAGAAGUGGGAUCGUUCAAACCGCAUGAGUCUUAUGAUCAUCAAGCGCGGCAUACCUGAGGCUUUUAGGGGUGCGGUGUCUGAGGAGGUCACCGAUGCCACAACUUUCCUUGCUGAAAUUGAGAAACGCUUUGCAAAAAGCGAUAAGGCGGAAACAAGUACUCUUUUAAAGAAACUUAUUUCCAUGAGGUUUAAGGGCAAGGAAAACAUAAGGGAGUACAUUGUGGAAAUGUCUCACCUUGCUUCAAAGUUGAAGGCACUAAAGCUUGAGCUUUCGGAUGACUUGCUUGUGCAUUUAGUGCUUAUCUCUCUUCCUCCACAAUUCAGUCAAUUCAAGGUCAGUUACAACUGUCAAAGGGAGAAGUGGACUCUUAAUGAGCUCAUUUCAUUUUGUGUUCAAGAGGAAGAAAGAUUGAAGCAAGAGAAGACUGAAAGUGCUCAUUUGGCAAGCACCUCUACAGAUAAGGGCAAGAAAAGGAAAUCUGAGAAUGAAGCUGCUAAGGGUCCAACCCAAAAGAAACAAUAG